AUGACUCCUAACAAUUCUAUUUUAUUCAGUCAAGAAUGGAAUGCUGCUUCACAGAUAAGUGAUAUUCCAUUCAUAGAUCAAAAUUACUAUGGGAAUGACCUAAUUUCUUUCAAGGAAGAACUUCAACUACUUGGUGUGGCUGUGAAGUUCAACCAGAGGUAUCAGCUUGUUGUAGACAACCUCAAGUCCUCAUCUUCACUGGCUUCUUUGUCAUCUGAAGCCAUGUUACUCAUAUUAACGUGCAUUAAGAGUUUGGAAUUUUCAGAUAAGAUUGUCCAAACGAUUAAAAAUACGAAAUGCUUGAAGACAAAUUUGGGUUACAGAUGCCCAUUUGGAUGUUUCUUGUUGAAUCCAGAAUCUCAGUGGGGCUGCCUUCUUCAAGUCUUUGGAUCAUUCCCGGUUCUUGAUGUACAGAUUUAUGGGAGAUCAAUCUUUUCGAUGUCAAAUGAAUUACAGAAAAUCGGUGUCAUGGUGGACUUUGAGGAUUCCAGUAAAGAAUUUACUCGCACUUUCAAGCAACAGGCUUUGCUAUCUUUAAUCAAAAAAGAACACGUCCUUCAAUUUCUGCAAUGCUGUAGGAAGCUAAAGACGCAUGAUAUCAAGUUUUCUUUUGAUUUCCAGAACUGCAUUUCCAAAGAGAAAUGGCUACGAACGAGACUUGGUGACUACAGAUCUCCAAAUGAGUGCAUUCUUUUUGGUAAAGAUUGGGAACCAUUUUCUCCAAUCUGCCACCUUCCCUUCAUUGAUGACAGUAACAACUUUUAUGGUAGUGGGAUCCAUGAAUAUCGUGCAGAGCUGAAGAGGUUGGGUGUUAUCACGGAUUUCAAAGAUGGUGCCAAGUUUGUGUCUAAUGGGUUUUUCUUACCUCAAGAUUGCAGUAGCCUUACUCCUGCAAAUGUUUACGCCCUGCUUGAUUCUGUCAAGAAACUGAAAGAAGAGAGUGGAAUGGAUCUUCCUGCUGAAUUCCUAGAGAAAGUUUCUCAAAAGAAUUGGUUAAAAACCUAUUUUGGUUACAAACGUCCUGAUGAGUGCUUGCUUUUCGAUUCUUCCUGGGAUUCCUUGUUGAAACGCAAGGAUGGUCCUUUUAUCGAUGAAGGAUUCUAUGGAACUCGCAUUGGAUCCUACAGAAAGGAGCUUAAUGUUUUAGGAGUUAUCACGGAUUCCAACAAGGAAUGCCAGUUGCUAGCUGGUUACCUCAACUCUCACACCAAUUUUGAAACAAUUUCUCGAAUAUAUAAUCACUUGUCUACAUUAAAGUGGGAGCCUGCUGAUGAAGACAAGAAAAGGAUUUGGAUCCCUAGAGGAAGGUGGGUAAUGCCUGAAGAUUGUGUUCUCCAUGACGAUAACAACCUAUUUGGUGAACAGCUGAACGUUUUGGAGAACUGCAAGUAUGACGACGAAAUUCUCGGCUUCUUUGCGAAAACUUUCAAUGUGAAAGUUCGUCCCUCGGUUGAAGACUACCACAAGCUUUGGAAGACAUGGGAAACUUCAGGACGCCAGAUAACACAUGAGGAAUGCUGUGCCUUUUGGGAGUUUGUGGUCCGAAAUUGGUACCCAAGAACAGAAAAUACUUUCAAGAAUUACUUAUGGAAACUCCCUGUUUUGGAUCCUACUUCCAACGGAAUUUUUCUGGUUGAUAAGCGUGAUCUGUUUAUUGGUGAUGAUCUUUUCUUGACUGAUCUGUUUAAAAGCUCUUCUCGUCGCAUUUUCGUAUGGUUUCCUCAACCCAGUCAGAAAACCCUAACCCGAACCAAGCUUGUGGAGAUCUACACCAGACUUGGUGUUCGUACAUUGUCUGAAUCUGUAAAGAAAAACACAUCUGAUGUCGAUCAUGAUGCAUUCAAGCCGGUUGAUUCAAAAGAAAAGAUAAUAAAAAAAGGGUUGUUAAAACUCAUUCUGGGCUUUCUUGCUGAUCCUAAACUUAAAACGGAGCCAGAUAAGAGACAUGAAGCUGUUAGCCGUUUAAUAGCAACCGAAGUUUUUGAGACAUUGAAAAAGAUGACCAUCCGUUACAGACUUUCUUUAUCAUCUGGAGAUGUGUUGGAUGUGGAAUCAAGGAGAAUGGUACGUUGGGACAAACAGCACUUCAAAUUAUAUAUGCAGAAGAUGGAGAGAUCUUCGGGUCAUAAAAAUGUUAUGGAAUAUGCGUUUCAUUUUGCUGAAGAAAUAGCGGAGGGAGUGUUGUGGGAGAAUGAAGAGCUUGUUCCAGAUCUGUGUGAACUGAUCCGAUUGGGUUAUAUGGUGGAGUUUGAAGAGGAAGAAAUUGAUUUCCUGAUGAAGAUGAAGAAUCUGCAGAUCUUUUUGGAGGAUCAAGACUACCUUUCUUCCAUAUUCUCCUCUCCAAAGGGGAAUUCACAAGAAAUACCAAUUAGCCCCAGGGGCACGAAGAGGAGGGGACAGAAUUCUAUGGAGCCUUCUUCCUCUUCUUAUGAGUUACAAAGUACAGGGAGUCGAAAACGAAGAGACACCGUAUCCCUGACCCCAGUCACAAUUGUAAUCCCGGAUUGA